CAGCCUAUUUACAAUCCUAUUUUCCUCAUUCCUGAAACCUCCUAACCCGGUUGACUUGUUGGAGUGCAUUUCAUGCAUUCUUAGUAGAUAGGCUGAAGGAAACGCCUAGUUCAGUCACUGCUAGAGGCUAGAAAGCGUGCGGGGAGUUCAUGAACGCCGCUCGUCUCCUGCAGUCACCGUGGUGUGCGUGUAGCUGUCGGGGGGAAGGACUGCACACCACUGGGCACAGCAUGACCACCCCACCUGCAGGACACCUCACCUGUGUGCCACAGCUCGUCACAGUGAGUUAAGGGGCUGCUGCUUAUUGAAAAUGGAGGAAACAAGGAAGCUUUCUCCAAAGCCGUGUAAGAGCAAAGAGCCUGUGAAAACAGAAUGGGGAGCUCAGAGCGUCGUCUUUACGUAUUUCCAAGGAGAUAUUAACAGUGUGGUGGAUGAACAUUUCUCUAGAGCUCUGAGCAAUGUCAGGAACCCACAAGACCUGAGCACAAAGCACAAGAGCGAGGUUGUCAUCCCGAAGCAUGAUAGCAUGCCUCCUCACCAGUGGAAUUUCUCCUCGCAUUGCUCCAAACCAUAUCCAUCAUCCUCCUCUACCAGCAUGUCCAACUCUGCUCUGAAUUUCCCUGCUGUUGCUAUGGCAGGGCAGUACCAGCCAGCAGCUCUGCGUACUCACCCCGCACCGCCUGCAGACCUCUGGCCCUUCCCUUCCUUUGGCACUCCCAGUCUCACCAGCCCUGUGUAUCAUCAUGCCGUGCCCGACCUGCACGUGGUGGAUGAAUCCAUCUCCGACAGGAAAUACGGUUCCCUUCUUGGUCUUCUACAACAGGAACGGUGCCUGAUGUCCAUGCAGGAAUGUGCUGUGAAGCAACACUCAAGUUCUACUUGUAUGACUGGACCUGCUAGAUUACAAAAUAUAAGCCAAAGUUCAGUUCCUGGGGGAGAGAGGAAAGCCAGCUCUUACCAAGGCUCAGAGAACCCCAGUGCAAGCCAUGCCACUGCAGGUAUUCAGAUUCAUGACAGAAGACAGGAUUUGUACUUUUAGCCACGGGACAUUUCUACUUUAUUCCAACAAAGUUCUUGCCAUGAACUGUUCCUAUUUGU